ACACUAAAGCAACACAACACACUCUCUUCACUCUUCAAUGGACAAGUCAACAACAGAGAGAGAAACCCACGACUUCAUGAACGUUGACUCCUUCUCUCAGCUCCCCUUCAUCCGCCCCGCACCCCCCAAUCCCAUCAAAGAGAGAAACGGCAUUCGCCUCUUUGGCAUCGAAUUCGCCAGCGGAAACGACGCCGUCCAACCCCAAGACGACACCCAAUCCAAUGAAACGACAACCAACAACAUCAACGCAUUCGACCUCGACUCCACCACAAACGACACCACCAACACCAACACAAACACAAACACCAACAACCCCACCAACACCAACAGCGAGAGUAGCCGCAGAUUUGAAUGCCACUACUGUUGCCGAAACUUCCCCACUUCCCAAGCCUUAGGGGGUCACCAAAACGCGCACAAACGCGAACGCCAACAUGCGAAACGCGCGCAUCUUCAGUCAACCAUGGUGCACGGAAGCACUUUCUCCGACGGGCAUCACCACGUGUAUAACCUCAUGAACUAUCGCUUCAGUUCAACUCCAACAACACCAAUGCCUUAUCCAACGUGGAAUACAAACGCCCCAAACACCACAAACGUCAACACAAACAGGUUCUACGGAACAACAACCUCUUUUUCUCAUCAACAACAACAACCUAUUAAUGGAAGCCCCUUGGCCUUUUGGCGAGUUCCGAGUGGCACUAGUAACCCUAGUUUCAACCAUGAACGGUCGUUGCCGACGUUGUUUGGUGGCGAGGAAAUUAAUAAUGUCAGGUCCUCGCAGGUUGUUGGAGCCUCUGGUUCGCAUUCCAAACGCGGUAGUGUCCACGACCAUGAAAAGGAAACCGAAUACCUAUUUGGUCUCAUUUGUCCAGAUACUCUUCGUCAGGAUUAAGAGAAUGCCUUUUGCAGGUACCCUCCCCACGUCAGCAACAAUCAGAGAGACGUCAUCACUGCAGAUCAGAGACUUCAAGAUUAGUGUUUCUCAAGCAGGAACAUUUUGGCGCCCACCGUGGGGCCGCAAACCACAACAAAGGAAACUCUUUUUCGGCUUACCUAUGGUACUGAUGCCAUGGUGCCGGUAGAGAUUAGAGAACCUUUAUUUCAAAGGGAGAAUUUUGAGGAAUCGGCUAAUAACGAGACUCUGGCCGUCAACCUGAACUUAAUAGCUGAGGUGCGUGGCCAAGCAGCCAUUAUGACCGAGGCCAGCAAAAGAAUGAUGGCUAGAAAAUUUAACUCCAAAAUCAAUCCACGACAAUUUUAUGAAAAUGACUUAGUAUGGUGAGUAACAGGAGAUGCACGAAGAGAUCAGCGAGAGGGAAAGUUAGCAGCUAACUGGGAAGGCCCCUUUCGGGUAGCGGCAAGAUUAGACAAUGGAGCAUACAAGUUAGAAAUAUUGAAAGGAAAGCUUAUACCGAGAACUUGGAAUGUUACACACUUGAAGCAUUACUAUAGUUAAAGGCUUGUAAUUUGUAAUCGGUGUACUCUUUUUCUCCCCCAGGCUUUGUCCUCUUAAAAGAAAGUGAAAAGGGGUUUUCCUGGAAAGGUUUUUAACAAGGCACCUCAUCAAUAAAAUACUACUUUUCAACUAUACGAUUUUUGAUGCAUUAGGAUUUCUUUCAAGCAUUUCAUUUAAAUAAAUAAAAUUCCUUCCGAGUACUCCUACUCAGCCAAGGUUGAAUCGUUAUAAAAAUUUCCUUCCAAGUAUUUCUACUUGGCAAAGGUUGAAUUAAAAAUUUCCUCCCGAGUACUCCUACUCGGCCAAGGUUGAAUCGUUAUAAAAAUUCCCUCCCAAGUAUUUCUACUUGGCCAAGGUUGAAUUAAAAAUUCCCUCCCAAGUAUUUCUACUUAGCCAAGGUUGAAUUAAUUAAUUCCCUCCCAAGUACCCCUACUCGGCCAAGGAUGAGUCAUUAUAAAAAUUCCCUCCCAAGUAUUUCUAUUUGGCUAAGGUUGAAUUAAUUAAAUUCCCUCCCGAAUACCCCUACUCGGCUAAGGUUGAAUCAUUAUUAAAAUGUCCUCCCAAGUAUUUCUACUUGGUUAAGGUUGAACUAAUUAAAUUCUCUCUCGAGUACCCCUAUUAGGUCAAGGAUAGAAAAUUAUUUAAUCGCUACCGAAUCUCCUUACAAACGUUAUCCUUACAAUUAAUUGUAUGAAUUGUAUAAUAAGCGUUCGGUUAUGAUUGGAUAAGUUAUUUAGGUUUCCAAUACACAGGUACAAAAAUCCAAAAAAGAAAGUUGUAUUUCAAAAUUGUGAGGAAUUACAAAAUUGGGGCACUAUUGGCCAGACAGUACAAAAGAAAAAGAUAAUUCUAAGAUUGUUCUUCCCCAGCAUCCGGUCCAGGGCCCUCGGGAGGAGGAUUAUGUUCAUCAGCAGCGCGGCUAGGGGCUUCGGCAUCCGAUUCUACAUCGUCAUCUACUUCAGUGUAAGGUAUGAACCGGCCACCGAAGAAGUCUUUAGUAAUGUCAAAAUGAAAGUCGGCCGAGACAUGACAGAAUCCAUGACAUUGACGAACAGCGUGCUUAAAACCAGACUCGUGUUCAAAGGCAACUUACUCUGAACACUUUGCGGCAAAAGCCUUCAGGUCGGUUUCAGCCUUUUUCCUUUCAAGUGCCAAGACUUCCUCCAUCUCGGUCGACUUGGCCCUUAGUGCUUCCUCCAUUUGAGCAGACUUCACCCUUAGUGCCUCCAUUUCCUCCUCUUUCGCCCUCAAAGCUUCCUCGGCUGUUUUGACUCGUCCCUCCACUAUCUGGUAGUGCUUCUUGUACUGAUUGACCUCAGCCUCCAAGGAUUGAAUGGUCUCGCCAAGGCUGGAUUGAGCCUCUCGGCUCUCCGCUAGGGCUUCUUGUGAAGCCGAAUACGCCUUCUGCAUAUUCUUCACCUCAAGAAUUAGAUCAACAACCAGCCUUUGAAGCAUAGCUGUCGAUCGUACUUGAAGUUCUGCAUAGCACCACCAGAGUGACUCAAAGUUUAAACUGUUGACCAAUUCUUUUCCUGAAUUAGACAACAAGUUAGGAGCAGCUAGCCGGCCAGCGUGAGUUCCAGUUGCGAGGAAGGUUUCGGUAAGCAUAUCCAGAGGAAUUACCGGAUUGGAGGAACUACUCGCCCUUUCCGUAGCUGCCGUUCGGGUUUGCUUGCGUGCCCCUUCUACUGCAUUUGGCCCACCCGAAUGGACAUGUUUUCUUUUUUUCUCCUUCUCGGUCUCCUUGCCCUUGCCCUUGUCUUUGCGCUUCUUGGGCUGAUUUUCUGCAAGGACUAGGUCUUUGGGAGGAGGGCGAGGUUCAGAUACUUCCGGAAGUUGAUCAAUUUGAGGGUGUCAGUGCUCCUCAAUAGCUAUACCUUCUGGCGUCCUCUGCUUCAAAGUACGACGGAAGGUUGGUACAUCAACACCUCGUUGAGCCAUUAAGCUUACAUUAAAAAUAAUAAGUCAAAUCAAUACAACUUGAUUCAAAAAAAUAAGUCAAACCCAUAUCCCAACGAGGACAUGGAGACUUGAGCACGAGGAGUAUAUGUCAGGCAGGUAGUUCCCGGGGGAGGGACUUCAAAAAUUCUAAUUUCUGAUAACUUCUUAGCCGAUAACAUGUCCUCGGGGAAUAUGUCAUAUCGGCGAGGCGUCCGAGUUCAAUGAAAGGGGAAGAGGGAAUUAUUCUCGCUAUCAAAAAAAUAAUUUCU